AUGAGCUCAGAACAGCCAUCAGCUUUCACAUUGUCUCCCAAUGGCACAGUAAAAUUAAAUCUGAAAAAGACACGGUCUGGUCAGUUUGUACCACAAGGACCUUUGCCCAAACAUAUCAAAAGAAUGCACCUACAAUUUGUGAAAAUGGCCGAGGGAAAACGGAUUCACUUAAAGAUGGGAAACAAAAUGAGAAGAAGAUUCCGGGAUCUAUUAUGGUUGCAGAGUUAUUGCCCAUUAUUGCAGAAGUGGAAAGAUUUAGGACCUCGAUUCUGGCCUCGAUUCUUUUUGGAGAAUUCCUGCGCUGCUCGUCAGUCAUGCUCUUUUCCCCGUGGAAUGGUUUGCAAACCUCACAAAUCAGUGAAUAAGGUUCUCUUACGAUGGCACUGCCAGAACUGGGAUCAGAAAAAGAAUUGCAAUUGGCUGAAAGUGCAGUAUCCCUUGGUCACUGAAUGCCAGUGUGGCUGUUAAUGGAAUGGAAUGACGCCUUUCAAGAUGCAUUGUUGAAAUGGGAAUUUUGCACAAAGCUUGAACAAUUCCCGAAGAUUCGGUUGACUGCUGCAAGCCGAAGAAUGUGGAACCAAGAGAAUACUUUUGGCGAUCUAUUGUUCGAGUAUUACUUGUUGCAGCUUUAAAUAUCGCGGCCUUUCAGUAGUCAAUUGUCUGUGCUUUUGUAGCGAGCAUUUAUGACUAAAUUCUGUGAUUCGAUAUUUUUAUAUUUGCGAAAAUGAACGAGGAACGAUUUACUUUGAUGCAUUAACUUUUCUUAAAAGGGAAAGAAAUUUUGUAGAAAACAUGAGACUGGAACUUAUAGGUAAUGAAGUACUUUGAAAAAAUUAUUUUUAGUCCAUUGGUAUCCUAUAUACAUGAAACAUU